UACAAACAUAUUGCGAACAACAACCCUUGCACGCCGGUACAAAGUCACGUCAGGCUGUCGGUCGUAGUCAGCUGCUGCUUAGCUUGCCGUUUCGUGUCGCGCUUCUUGUCCGCUUUCAAUGUUUUCCGUUUUAUUUUGUUAUUUCUGUGAUGCAAACCGAUUUUGUAACUAAUAUAUAUAUUAUUACGUUAUUGUGAAUGAAACUGUGCAAUAAUACAGUGGUAUCGGGCCCCGGACAGCGAAAAGGAAGAGAUUUUGCCCGGAGUCAUAUACCAUUGUAAAGGAGCUCUCUUCAAAAGUUGAGCCCCGCACCGCACCGGCUUGCUCGCUGACCGCCGAGCCGCUAAUCUAGCUUUUUCGCGCCCCACCGUCGCCCGCCCAGACCCGCACCGGCCGCCGCCAUGCUCGCGCACCAAGCACCGCUCGCCCUCUACUAAACUCAACCGUCAACAUCGAUAAGAACGCGUGUGAUAAUAAUAAUUUAAUACUCGCCUAAAUAAGCUUGCAACGUUGGUGUCUUUAAUUCUAACUUAAUUGUAAGAUUAAUCAACUAGUAAGUAGGUACCUAGCGUGGUAGCCGCGUCCGUGCGUGUGUGUCGUAGUGCAGUGAGGGUGCGCGAUCGACGCCAGUGGCCGCAGCAGUCCUCGAGCCGUGUGACCAGUGCAUGCUGAGAGCGCGCGGGCGCGCUCGCUCCCCGCCGCCUAUGCGCCGCACUCGCUCUGCGUAAUUGCGCGCGCAUCUACCGCCCCUGAAUUUUAUGGCAGCAAUGGCCACCAUGGUGAACAUGAAUAACCUCUUAAACGGCAAAGACUCACGUUGGCUACAGCUUGAAGUGUGCCGCGAAUUUCAACGGAAUAAGUGCUCGCGACCCGAUACCGAAUGCAAGUUUGCGCAUCCCCCGGCUACCGUGGAGGUGCAGAAUGGAAGAGUUACCGCCUGCUACGACAGUAUCAAGGGUCGGUGUAACCGCGAGAAACCACCUUGCAAGUACUUCCAUCCACCCCAACAUCUGAAAGAUCAGUUGCUAAUCAACGGCAGGAAUCAUCUAGCACUGAAGAACGCACUAAUGCAGCAGAUGGGCCUGACGCCCGGCCAGGUGCUGCCUGGCCAAGUCCCCGCUGUGGCAACGUCACCGUACCUGUCGGGUGUGCCGGGCGUGGGCUCGACGUACGCGCAGUACUACGCGCCGCAGCUAGUGCCGGCGGUGCUGGGCCACGACCCCGCCGCCGCCGCCGCCUCGCCGCUCGGCGUCAUGCAGCAACCCGUGCUGCAGCAGAAGCUGCCGCGCACCGACCGCUUAGAGAUGGACAUGAAAAGCGUCGGAUCCUUCUACUACGAUAACUUCGCCUUUCCCGGCGUGGUGCCGUACAAGCGACCCGCCGCAGACAAAGCGGGCGUACCCGUUUACCAGCCGGCGACGACCUAUCAGCAGCUGAUGCAGCUUCAGCAGCCGUUCGUGCCCGUAUCAUGUGAGUACCCCGCACCCGCCACGUCCGCCCCGCCGACCGCGAGCGUCCCGUCCAGCGCCGCGCCGCCGCCGUCCGCGGCCGCACCCGCGCCUACGGCCGCAGCGCCCACUCCGCAACCGGCCGCGCCGGCACCGCCGGCUCCUUCGCCGCCCGCCGACCCAGGCACGCCAGACCCCGCCGCUAUGGCUAAAGAGGUGGCACAGAAGAACUACGUAGCCGCGCUGGCAUUCGCGGCGCAGCACUCUGCUAUGGCUCAGGCGGCGGCAGCGUACACGCAACAGGCGCUGAAGGCGCAGGCGCGCGCCGGCAUGCAGCACGCGGGGCUAGUGCGUGCGCCGCACAUGAUGGUCCGGCCGGGCUGGGCGCCGCCCAUGCCGGUGCCGUACUACCAGCAGCCCUUCAUGUACGCCGUGCCGCCGCCCGCCCCGCCCAGCGCGGCGGCGGCGGCGGCUGCGGCGGCGGCGGCCGUCAACCCCUACAAAAAGAUGAAGACCACAUAGAGAUCGCGCGGUCGGCGGGGCGCGGGGCGCGGGGUCUCCGCGUAGAGACUCGUACUGUGCGGCCGAGUGUCGCCCCGGCCUGUCGGGGCAGUUAGCGCUAGGCGUGUUGUCACAUUUGUAUUGUAUUAUUGUAAGGACGAAGCGAGCGGCGACGCCCUCGCGGAUGUCUCGGUAGUUUUACGCUAUAUAUAUAUAUACUACUGUAUCUCUACUCACUUACCGUUAUUACCCUAUGCGUGUAUAUUUCUCGUAUCUACGAUCCCGGUAAUAAUAACGCUUGAGAUGCAUGACUGUACGUUUUUUUAUUACCUCUUGUCGAUCGUCGUUAUCGUGAAUACCUAUCGUCGUACUGAGAGUUGAGCGCUUGGUCCGUCGAUCCCGCUACGUACACGCUUGUUCUCGAAGGAGCUCCGCACGGGUGCGCUUUGGCCGAUGUGUCGCUCCCGUACCUCCUAGUGGUGGCUUGCAGCCGCAGGCCCGCACCUAACACAGCCGCCUUCUAAUUUUCGCAUGGAAUAGAAUCCACCACCCUAUACGUUUGGCUCAUCAGGUAUUAUUCUCAUUAUUCUAGUGGCUCCCGUGUGCGCUAAGUGUGGCGAGUUCAUCAGUAGUGGCGUGCUGCAAUUUUGUUUCGAUCGCACCUCCUUCUAUUUAUUUUAAACGCUUUCUGUUACAUGCCUUCCGAAUGACGCUUCGGCUGUCGUCCGCAUUGCAAUCUUUUGUCGCUUUUUGUGUCGGGCGUCAGGCUGUGCGCCCCCGAACGCGCCCUACGUGGUGUACACCGACGAGCGCGGACAGGUAACGAGUGCCGCACCGCUGCGCACUCCCGCGCACUCCCGCGCACUCCCGCGCACUCCCCGCGCAUUCCUCGCUCGCUCCGUCGCACUGCUGCUUUGUUAUACUACUGCGCGUCAUUACACCACACUCUAGCAAAACAACGUUUAUUGAUGUUAUCACUCACAUAAAACUGGAUUCAAUGGACCACCAGCAGAUAUGAGACUGUUUAAUUAACAGGUGCAACACCCUGCUGUCCAUGACAUUUUAUUUUCUUCUUCUUCUUCUCUGAUAUGACCAGUGAGCGUCCACUAAUGUUGUUUUUGCAAUUCUGUGGUGUUUUAACGUUCUGUAUUCAGCAAAGUAGGUGUUAUGUGAGCUGAGCUAACUGCUUACACAUUAAUAGAUUAGACGCAAGCCCUACCAUUCCACGGCACAAAACCUGCGCUGUCCCGCGCUGUCCCACGCUGUCUUGUGCUAUCCCUCGCAGUUCCUCGCACUCCCGGCUCACGACCAACAUGCCUCGCUCUAACCAGUACGCUACCGAACGCAUAUCACCUCCUACACCUCUGCGAUUACCGCUUAUUAUGUUUUGUUCAGAAGCUCGAAGUAAAUUUGUUAAUUACUUAAAGUAAAUCCUGCUAACUAAUUGGUUUUUGUAAUUGUGUGUUAUCGUGAAAUGUUAUUGGCCUAACAUUAAUUAGUACAGAAUAAAUGACAAUAUACAUUUUUCACACAAAUAAUCUAAAUUUUUGAUAUCCUUGUUACACCAGCCUAUGAGAACGAUAUAAUCUAACAAAUGAAAGAAGUAAAUCAAGCAACUUUGAGUCCGCAUAGAUGUUCAGAGCUUGCUUCUUCACUCGGCUUCUGUAGAAGUACUUUUUUAGUUUUAGUUUGUGGCGCUUCACGCGGGCUUAGUAGGCUAAACACUCGCUUGUUAACGAACCACGAACGUCACACGAUCACUACACUACAGCGGGAUAAGGUGCGCUUGGUGAGCUUGUUCUAUUAAACCCGACGACCCGCAUCGAAGGAAGACUGGAUCACGAGUUACUGCCGUCACCUUACUUAGUAUCGUCUGCUGUGACGGUCUCUAGCCCUCCUGCCGACACCGGUGGCAGGCGGGACGCGUGUCUAUUCGAUGACCUCUUAAUAUAUCCUACAGUACAGUGGAGGUACGAGGACUCGACCGACGCCGACUGGUGGCGUCGCUUGUCAACCGUCUCAUGAUAAUAUAUCUUUGUCAUCAUCACACCAUCUAGUCAUUGUGCUGUAACUGUAUCGAUAUAUAUAUUGUAAUGAACAGUUGAUGCUACAACUUACUUGUUGAUGAUUUUUAGUUUUGUAUAGUGAGACAUACUUGCUUUGAAAUGUGGAAGAAGUCACUCUACAGUAUUGCCUUGCUUACACCCGGUAAGAUACGAUCAGCUUACUAUAAUAUCCUCAGUAUAAGUUAUUUCCUGUUUGCCGCCUAUACUGAAACACGCCGCUUGUCACUCGCAUGGAGUUGCAGAUGCAAAUAAUAACUUCGCUCUCUUUUCUUAAACAUGCUUCUAAAACUAAUGAACUCGGCAGUUUCAGUAAAGGUCACUUUAAUUAUUGAAAUUUAACGAAGCCAUUUUAUAUUCCACUAAACAGUUGGCCUUUUCAAUAAUGUAGGUACUCACACUUGCCUAAUUUACAUGUAAAUAAUACCUUUAAUAUUAUUAAAAUGCUUAGUCAACUGUUUAGUUCUAAUUGAGUUCACCUUUUGGCCAAUAUCAACUAUCAACUGCUAAUAAGGGGGUUUUUACACUCAUUUAAAUGCUUUUUGUAAACAAUUAUUUUACGCGUAGUUGGUAGUUGAAGUGACGAUGGUGAAAUAAGAAAACUCGAAGUGAUAUUGAGACAUAGUUAAUAGAGUAUUUAUUGUAAGCGUAGGGCACAGUAUUUGUGUAGACCUGUAGUAACUCAUGCGUAAUGUAAGUGUAUGCUAUCACUUCGAAUUUUCUAUGAAAAUGCUUAAAAUGCUUCGCCGUUGCGGCUUCAAUUCCUCGCUUACGACUUGUUGAGGCCUCUCUGACGCUUGUUAAAGUGUUCACGUAGAUGUAAUAAUAUACUUGGUUUUCUUUUGUUUGUCGUACAGUAACCGCACUCUCUAAUGGUCAUUAUGUUGCAGUUUGUACUACCACUAACAUGUCACGUCCAGAACUGUCAUGUAAGCUAAAGGUAUAAAUUUAAUUUGUCUAUUUACAUUAUAACCAUGGCAACCUACCGAUAAGCAUGACGUCCUCUGUUCCUCUACUGAGAACACCGGGAGAUCUAAAUUCAUCACAGCCGACGCAGACCUGUCCACACACAGCCUCUUUUAGCUUUAUUAUAGCAACAGUUGGUAUUUAUGGGUACACUUUGGACGCUACAAAACCUCUAGUACGCCCUCGCCCUGGUAAAAGUUGUCUAGCAUCAUGCUUAAGCUUUUUUGUAAAAUAUAGUCACGCUUAAAUAAGAUUGGCUGCGCAAUAAUGAUUAUACUUCAAGCGUUCUGCAUGCCAUUUAGAUAUUAUAUAUUCAUACCUAUGUGCAUAGUGCAGCGUACUUAACACUACUCUCUGACGGUUAUGGAAGCUCGUUCACGAGAAUAACUCCAGCAGUGGGCUCUAAUUUACUAUUCUCUUUAAUGUUGCAUAUAAUUACCCGACAGUACUACAAUAUAAAGGUGACACACAUAAUAUACAGCGCGCACGUAAAUAAAAGAAUGCUUGGAAGAUCCAAUCAUAUUGUGCAACGAAUCUUGUAAAGUUCUUGUAAUAUUGAAGCAGCAACAAGAUUUGAUUUCGAGCAACUUUCGCCUUCCGUGUGUCCCGUUUUGUGUUAAUUUUAUGUAGCGACUGAGAAACUACACACGCAUACUUUCCUUCCAUACGAAUAUAUAUUGACAACAUCUGUCCCAUCCGACCGACACGAGUAGGGAACCUUAAUUCGAUACAAUGUGAUAGGGGUAGUCCAACGAUUAUAAUUAUAUUUGCUCUUUGAUAUUACAAAAACUAUUUCAGCGUUAUUUUUCAGACGGCUGUGCAAUGAGGAUAAUAAUCAGUGUCAGAUGUAUGAAUGUCGAAUCAGUGAUGAAAUAGAAUUUAGUAUUAACACUAUUAACAUACUAAGUUCAUAAACCGUCGGUUCCUUGCUACCCACACUCUUACAUAUUGACACAAACAUUUUAAAGUAGCUUGUAUUUGAUCUUUUAUACUUAUAUCGACUGUUUAUGAAGUAGAUUAUAGUUAUAAGAAGCAUACAGACUGCUGUUUCACAAUGCAAAUUUGACUCUUCUGGUGUACAUGAACCCUAAUUGUGGUUUUGUUAAAUGGAAUUCAUGAGUUAAUCAAUGAGAAAUAAGGGCUGUAAGAGUAUAUUUAUCUGUACUGUGCAGUUUUUAAGCAAAUGAAAUUGCAAAAGUUUUACAACGAAGAAGUCAACGAAUAAUUUUAUGAAUAAUCAUGCACAAUGUGCUACGAAAUACUGAGCCUAAGUUACGUUAAACUAAUUAGUUAAUAAUGUACCAAAGAGCAGAGGCAAAGCAUUGUGGAAGCGUCGGGGCUGUAUGAACAUUGAUACUGAGUAACGACAAUAAUACUAAUGAAGGUGUUGUUAUAUUUGCAGUUACUGGACACCCUCCCGGUGUGCCAAGAUUUUAAUCGACAAGGAUGUACAAGACCUACCUGCAGAUUUGUUCAUAUUCGUGAAGGGUGCGGGCUGCAGGUGGUGGGGUGCCGCGUGGUGGUGUGCCGCGACGCGGCGGCGGGCACGUGCCGGCGCGCGGCGUGCCGCUACUACCACAUCCCCGUUCAGCUGCCGCCAGCGCUGCGCCCUCCUUAACCUGCCCCGCCACCCGUCCACCGCCGCACCCUCGCCCUCAUCCCUCCCCCCUCCACUUCCACCCCCACGUGAUCCGACCCAUCCCCGCAUCGCCCGCGCCCCGCGUUAUCCAUAUCGAUCGCGCCUCUGGCACACUCGGGAAAGGCAGGUUCGGCAAGUAUCCUACUGUCGCUCCCGCGGCUGAGGUGGUGAUAUCUUAGUGAAUAUCGGUUAGUGUAUAGCGGCUGGGGCGGGCCGCGUGCGCAGUCGCGCCGGCGCCCCGCCCCCGUCUGGAGAGCGUUGUAGUCUUCGGGAAGAGUGUGUACAUAAGUAGCGGGAUAUGAUUCUCAGGCACGGUCAUACGAUUGUGAUAUGAAUAGAUUUCGAGACGCCGGAGCCGUUUGAGUAAUUUUAUCGAGAUCGUACCGAGAUCGUCGAAUAGUAGUUAGUGAGGUUUCAAAUGUUUUAUUACUAUUGUAUAUUAUUUUUUUUAAGAUACGAUAUGAGUUCCUGUAAAGAUCAGUGCGGCCGCCUCCGGGCGCCGCAUGUAAACUUUGUUGUAUAUAAGCAAGCGGUGUAAUGUUUAUGGGUGGUGCGGAGCGCACCGUCACCGCCGGCUCGGUUCACGGCCGGCGGCCGAUGCCGGUGUCAAAAGUUGCAUCACCCCACUCCUAACGUGAGCAUUUUUGUGAGAAUUAUGUUACUUUUUUACGUAUGUUAUAAAAUUAUUUUUUUCUAGAUGACAAGUUUUACACUAGAUUAGAUUAAGUGAGUCAGUAAUGAAACACCAAUAGAGUAGCCGCUUCUCUCCCUCGGCACUGAAACUUUUGACGCCGGAGCACAAUUCGCGCGACAGGUGGCGCCCCGCGCCUCGCUCGCUGCGACUAGUCGGUACGUCGUUCUUCCCUUACGGAGCCAUCCCGUUCGCACCACAUCCCACGUCCCACGACGCCCGCGCGUCCCCAGUUCACUUUAGCAUAGAUCGCGACACUCGUAGAGUGAUAGAGGACAGAAAUUCAUUACAAUGAACGUUAUCGGACAAUAUUAAACGAAGAAGGCAUACUUCCAAGCUAUUUACCUAAAUUCUAGGAUAGAACGUCGGCUUUUAUUCCAGAUAGAUUUUGCUAGAUAAUCAUUCUUUACCGGUCGAUUCCCGUCUAUCGAUGCACAAAAUAUUACCGACGAUCGAGUCCGAUUACCUCUCGGUGAUGACAGCAUAAAGAAAUAGCUACCUAUAUUGUUUUCAACACAACAGUAUUAACGUUUUGAUCAAAUUUAUCUCGUCGUAUGUAUGUAGAGGUGAUAUGCGGAUAGAGAGAGAGGCGGGAGCGCGCGCCGGCAGAUGGCGCCCGCGAGGCCCGCGUCGCGCAACUACCGCGCGGCCGGCGCGCGCGUCCCGAAGGCAUGGAAGCCUAAUGCCUAAUAUUAUUCCUAGUCCAUAUCCUUUUUGUUGAUCAGUCAUGCGAUUAAUGUUAGAAUAAAUAUUAAUAAUUUGAUUUAUUCCUCCCAUUUAGUGGAUAUUUUGAUAAUGAUAUAUUAAUAAUGAAAUAUUUAAGAUACAUAAUACAUAUUUGAUUCUAAAUCCUGAUAAAGUGACACUACGUUAGUAAUUUAGUCGGAGGGAUACUUGUGCCGUGAUUAUAUUUUUAGGUAUAUAUUAUGAAAUAAUUCCUAGCGUCGGAAUUAAAGAAGUGAUUAAUGUGUAAGCGUGUUAUAUUUAUUGUCGUAACGUAAGUGGAAUGCCAUAUCGAUAAAAGGUGAAUAUCGGAUGCGGAGUCAAACUCAUUAGUAACUCGUUGCGUUUGUGUUUAUGUUGAUUGUUAUAACCAGUCCCGUGCUAGUGGCUAAGGUGAACAGUUCACUUUUAUCAAUACGGCACUAUGAGUCUUAAAUAUAUAAGUUGUCAUAUUAUUUUUUGUUAAAAUUUAUCGUUUCAUGAAUUAUUUGUUGCCUAUAAUUUUUAUAAUCAAAAUUUUAUGAUCUGACGCAUUUAUUGUAAGACAAUCGAUUACUUUUAUAAUUAAUUAGUGUGAUAAUAAUAAUUAUGGUAUCAAAUUGCCGUUAUGAAAUAUAGAACAUCGAAAGUAUCCUUCCUGUUUAGAAGGGACUCUUCUGGCCCAAGGUUUCUAGUGGAUUUUAUAUUUUUCUUUUGUUGUAUUUUUAAUGUUGCGUGUGUCUUACACAUAAUAUAUUUCAUUUUUGUGAUAUUUUUAACUAUAAAGUACUGUUAUUAUAAAUCCAAAUGGAAUAAUGAUGACCUAAUUAAUAUUCAAGAAUUUAUUUGUAAAUCACAAAAAAAAAUGUAAAACUGUAAAUAUAUUGACAAAAAAAUGAACUGCAACACAAUAAUUGAUUAUUAUAUCUCUCAUCAAAUACACUGUAAGUUGUUUGAGUACCUAAGUAACGGUAUCUUAUUAUGUAGUAUGUACCUACAGUCUACUUAUUGUAAACCGGUCCAGUGAACAAAGUAUUGAUAAUAUUGUGAACAUUUUUUUAUUCACGAACAAUCACAGAAAGUACAUGACAUUGUAAUAUUAUUUAUGAAAUUACUAUGUGAUGUGAUCUUCGGAUCAAUUUUGAGUACAGUAUAGAUAAUAAACAACUGAAUAUGUGA